AUGUCCAAAUGGAGUUCUGGGUUGCUUGGCUGUCUUGACAUUCCUACUGAAAACGCUCUUGAUCUGGGAUUGGGUGUGUCUGCGUUCCCAGAGGCAAUAUGCCCAUGUGUGGCUUACUUUCAGAUCCGAAAGAGGAUGGUGGAGUCAGCUCCGGAUGAGGGUUUGUACCUGAUUCAAAGGCUGUUCGGGAAGGAUGCAAGUGCCGACAAGCAUGCGAUGGGCCUGACGGAGCUGAACUCGGUCAUGCUGGAUGCCAUUCAGCGAGGAGAUUUGCAGAUGUGCAACGCUAUGGUGAAGCAAGGGGCGAAUGUCAACGUCACAGACCAUGCAAAGGCGACGCCGCUUAUGUUCGCCGCUCAGAACCGACAGCUCGAGAUCUGCGCGAUCCUGCUCGAGAACAAAGCUGAUGUGAACGCUAAAGACCGCGGGGGGAUGACAGCUUGCCAUAGGGCAGCACUUGUGGGGGACGUGAAGGUUUUGGAGCUGCUGAUUAAGAAGGGAGCGAAGAGAGGGAUAGAGGAUGGCUGGGGAAAGACCCCGAUGGAUACGAAGGAGAAACUCCAGCAGCUCGUUGGGUUUGGUGUUGACGAUCCUCUCGUCAUGCAGUGA